GUCGUCGCGACUAUCGCCUAUCGUUCAAAGAUUCAGGCUCUCCUUAUCAACUUGCAAGUCGAUAUCCUCAACCUCGAGUCUUUGUGAAAAUUCCUUCCCCUCCCCUCAGUUCACACCGCCUCUCGCAGAUCAAUAACCUGCAAGGGCACACUUCCGACUAACUCAAUCUCGACACCCCAUUCCAACGAGCUGAUGUGCCCAUGAAUCACCCACCUUCAAGACUGGUCAUUUUGAUACCAUGUCCGGAAUUUUGAAUGAAGCAUUUACACCUUGUCCAUCCAGGUCACGAUGCUCUGGGUGGAGUGAGCAUGUCAGCAACGAGCCCUUGGAUAGCUUGGUGAUUGAUGACUCGGCCUUUGACGCCACGGCUCAGGUCGAGUUCACGACACAGGUUCAAAUACCGACUCUGACUGGCGUGGGACCUCGAAGAAGCAAUCGAGCGCGCACUUCGGUUCAAAUUUACGAGGAUAUCAACGAUAAGCAGUCGGUCCCCGCCGAACGAAGAAGACCAAAUGCGCGACCUCGAGGUUCCUCUAACUACAAAUCAUCUUUACUCGCUCAACCUGCCCAGCGAUUUCGCCCGAAAGUCAACUAUGCUCCAGAGACCGAAAGACAACGGAAUGCACAAUCAUUACAACCUGGGAUAAAUGACGGAUCUCUGUCUGUUCUCCGUCCUGCUCACAAAGUAUUGAGUGUCGGCCCGGGUGUAAAUAACCCGAAGAAAGAUAUUCGCCACAAAACGGCCUAUAUUCCACCAAACAAUAGUACCGUACCGAGUGUGUUCAUGGGGCUGUUCAGUCCACUAAAGAGACCACAGGAUAACACUGUGCCUCUACCCGAAGAUACCCAUGUCAACAGUCUUGAAGCACGAAUUGUAAAGCGACAGGCUCGAAAACCUGAGGUAGCCCCUGCAUGCAGAGCACCUCUCCAACCAAGCGUCAAGAUUGCACAGGAAGCUGCAUUUAGAGUCGAUGUUGCUGGCAAGAACGGCGGCAAGGAGAAUAUUCCACCUGGAGCAGUCCUUGAGGUCGACAAAACAAGCAAAUUUGAUCAUGCAGUACAACCCAAGCCGAAGCGAUUGAGCACGGUGACAUCAAAGUCGGCUCGCUGUACCACAAUGCACAUGAAACCACACACUACAAAUUCAGCUGUCGACAUGAAGAAGCAUCUGCCUAAGCGCGGUAUUCUGGGCGAAAUGCAAAAUAAUGGACACGCGUCAUCUACUUCUCUCCGUUCUGCAAGACCUCGAACCGAGUCACAUGAUCCUCUGCAUAAUGCAUCCGCAUCCCUCAAAGCUCGCGCAUCGGUAUUGUCAGAACGGCUAGGUCAGUCGCAGACCACGCGAGCCUCCAAGGUUGAGAGAACCUCGGCAUUGAAGGAGCUGCACAGCCAGUACCCACUGUUGACGGAGGACAUAUCAAAGCCCGCGCUGUAUGAAGAUGACUGGCUCUCACACCAGGAAACUGUCGUCACCCAGCUGGUUAACGCUUUGUUCGAGUGCACUAGCAACGACUCGGCGGCUGCGGACCCAUAUGCUCUCCGCCCGGAAUUGCUUGAAAUCUACCAUACUGAAGACUUCACACGCCUCUACCAGCGACUUCAAUCAUCCUUGUCCUUUGGAACUCUUGCCAUUCACAAGGACAUUCAAGCUCGCAACAGCCGGCUCAACCAUGACCUGGGCCUGCGGAGACAAUUUUUGGACACUUGGAUUCAGACCUAUGACCUUCGUGCCCUGGUUCCGGCCUUGGAGACCGUGAUGGGCCGAAGAAUUUCUAGCGACGUCACUUUGUUUGAUGUUCGUAGCGAUUCGGCUUGUACGGAUAAUUUCACGACCCAAAAGGCGAUUACUCGAAAGGUCGAGGGUUUCCUUGAAGCGUUUCUGCUGCAAAACGACGACAUGGUGCAUGCGGCCCCAGGAGCGGGUGAGAUCCACGCUCGGGCAUAUCGUCGGACCGCACUUCGAAGCAUUGUGCUCGUUGUUCUAUUGGAUCACGCAAGACAAAGCUUUGACACAGGCUUACCUCGACAACUUUUCCUGUCAUCAUCUCGAUACAAGUCUUCCGCCGAGGUCCUACAAGCCUUGGCCCGUUUGCUAUUGCCAUCUGUUGGAGAUAUAGUGAAGUCACUGGGCCAUCUUGAUUGUCAUGUCACUUACAAGCAGCAUGCGCUUCAAGAAUUUGACUACAUGAUAGACAACAUCGCCGUCGACUUCAGAGAUGGUGUGCGGUUGACCAAAAUUGUCGAAAUCCUCUUGUACACCUCGGAGCGCGUGCGAAACGGCCUCGAAGGCCGAGUCACAUUGUCUUCGGGAGAGAUCCUUUCACUUGGUGGCGAUGAAAGAGACCUACCUUUGUCCGGGCAUCUGAAGUAUCCAUGCAUCAGUCGAGCAGCCAAAACCUACAAUGUUCAGAUCGCCCUCUCGGCUCUGAGAUCUGUUAAGGAGGGUCGUGUAAUAAUUGGCGAAAUCCGGGCGGAGGAUAUCGUGGAUGGUUAUCGUGAAAAGACCAUUGCUCUCCUGUGGGCUCUUCUCAGCAAAUGGGGACUCACGGGCUUCGUUGACUGGGAUGAUGUCCGCAAAGAAACUGAUAGGCUUCAACGCAAGCUUACGCUUCAGCUUGGCCAUGACCGGGUCAAACAAGAAGCAUGGUUCCCGCCUAAGAAUUGUAUCAGUGAUGAUGACAAUGCUUCUUUACUCCAACGAUGGGCUGCCAUCUUGGCAGCCUUCAAAGGCCUGAGAAUCAGGAACAUGACUACUAGCUUCGCGGAUGGGAAAAUCUACGGCAGCAUUGUGGAUGAGUAUGAGCCGUUUAUCACUGGCACGGGGACAGGAGGCUGCAAUAUUGGGGAAGGUUCCGUCUUGAUGUCGUUGGAAUCUCGUUUACGCCAGUUGGGGUGCAGCCCUCAGUUUGCAUGCCUCGUCUCCCCUGGAAAAGCAUCCUCUCAUUUCCUCGACGGAGAAUUUACUCUUGGUACCCUGGCAUUUCUCUGUUCUCGCUUGCUUUCAGCUUCCAAGCGUGCUCGCGCAGCUGUAGUGCUACAGCGAUUUUGGCGGACUUACCUUGCCAAGCGUGAUGAGUCCCGUCGAAAGAUCGCUCACGAUCUUGCUGCGCACUGCGCGGUUGUUGUUCAAACUAGAAACAGAAUCGUCUGGGCAGAGGAUGUGAUUGCUCAGCACUGGAGAAAUUACCAAGAACGCAAGCACAGAGCGAACAACAAACGAUAUCGAGACUUGGGAACGGUCAAACGUCAGCAACGGAGAACUAUUGGACGUUGGCUCUAAACAGUCUGUGGCUUACAGUAGCUGCACACCUCUGUCAUUACUUACCCCUGCAAACAAGCACAGCUGGAUCGGUGCUAUUAUGAUGAUUACGAAAGCGUUGAUACAAAACACUCAUUAAAGGGAGUCUGGAUUAGGGUUCCUUUCAUCAUUAUUUCGGGAGUUCUCAGGCUUCACCAUUGGCAUGGCGCAUUAAGCCUGGUGUCUAUUUCAUUCGUGUUUGCAUACCCUCGUUGUAUUCUUGACCUUCAAUUCAUGACAUUUCAUACCACAACAUACCUGGUUCAAUAUUUGGAUUUUACUAAUUACACAUUGCUGCCCGGGUUGGGUUAUCUCAUGUUCUCAUCUCAGAGAAGCCACGGCUAUGUACUCCAUGUUUUCAGUACAAAGUACGCUGAACCUAUCAGUUUGAAUGGAUUUCAAGACUCUUGUUCUUGUCAUUGCCUUGUGAGAUUUAUAUACAGCUUAUCAGGGCCACCAAAGCCACCAGGGCCUCCCUGAGGACCACCAGG